AUGGCUAGUACAAGCGGUGUCUUUACGUUCAAAUUGGUCUUAAUCGGUGACUCUGGCGUCGGAAAGUCAUGUUGUCUGCUGAGAUUUGCAGAGCCCCGGACAGACUCUUUCGAUCCCUCGUUUAUCCCUACCGUUGGAAUAGACUUCAAGAUGCGCAUAAUCGAAAUGGAUGGGAGACGGGUGAGUUUACAAAUUUGGGAUACAGCUGGACAAGAAAGCUUCCGUUCUAUUAUCGCGCAAUACUAUCGUGGUGCUAUGGGAAUUUUCCUUGUGUACGAUGUCACGAAUGAGCGCUCUUUUCACAAUAUUCGACACUGGGCUUCCAGUUUGGAGCCACAUGUUCCUGAGUAUUCGAAGAAAAUACUCAUUGGGAGCAAGUGUGAUUGUGCAGAGAAGCGAGUUAUUUCUUCUGAACAGGGUCAACAGCUCGCUGAUGAGCUUGACAUUCCUUUCUUCGAAGUUUCUGCGAAAGACAACAUCAAUAUUGACGAAGCUUUCUACAAACUUGUCUCUGACAUCAAAGCGAGCAUGAAAAAUUUGCAGAACGAACAAACUGGCACGAUGGCGCCCAGAUCUGAGAUGAAAAAUGGAUAUUUCAUUGCUCUGGCCAAACGACGAAAGCCUCUUGUCAAAGGCGCCAUAUUCGGACAGGAUGGACAUGGGGUUCGGGUUGUCUGGACUCAUCGCCUUUACGAGCUACCGAGCGAAACAGCUUCCCUAAACACUCUGUAUAUCUUGCGACUGGUCAUUGAUAACGAGAUUCUCUGGGAGUCGGACCUACAGGCGGAGGCCCUGUGA